GGUGGAGGGGAGGGCGAACUAGUGAGCGGAGAUAUAAGAGUUCGGGUUGUUGGCUGGGGCAGUUGUCGAGAGGUAGGCUAUUGCAAUUGUGUUACAAACCGAAAAAACGAUGAAAUCCGCCGUCGCAGCUGCCGAAACAACGGUAGCAUGGUAGCUUUGGACUGGGGUUUCCAAGACGAGCGCCGAUAUCUACACGUUACUGUAAUUUUAACACCGAAUUACUUAUCCCCCUGAUCGAGUCGGGUAAACCACCGUCCGAGAUGGGGAAGGAGGUUAAUGGUGUUUCGCGGAGCCGGUUUGAGAUGUUCUCAAACAGCGACGAGGCCGUCAUCAAUAAGAAGCUGCCCAAGGAGCUGUUGCUACGAAUCUUCUCCUUUCUGGAUGUGGUGACACUCUGUCGCUGUGCCCAGGUCUCACGGUCGUGGAAUGUUCUCGCCCUGGACGGCAGUAAUUGGCAGAGGAUUGACCUUUUCGACUUUCAGAGAGAUAUUGAGGGGCGAGUGGUGGAGAACAUUUCGAAACGAUGUGGGGGAUUCCUGAGGAAGUUGAGUCUGCGGGGCUGUCUGGGGGUGGGGGACAGUGCUCUGAGAACCUUCUCCCAGAACUGCAGGAAUAUUGAGCUGCUUAGUUUGAAUGGCUGCACCAAGAUUACUGACAGCACAUGUAAUAGCCUCAGUAAGUUCUGUCCCAAGCUCAAGCAUUUGGACCUCGCGUCCUGUACCUCAAUCACCAACCUGUCACUCAAAGCACUUAGCGAGGGCUGUCCUCUGUUAGAGCAGCUCAACAUCUCGUGGUGUGACCAGGUGACUAAGGAUGGCAUCCAGGCCUUGGUACGAUGCUGUCCCGGACUCAAAGGCCUUUUCCUCAAGGGCUGCACACAGUUGGAGGAUGAAGCACUGAAGCACAUUGGUGCACACUGUCCAGAGCUGGUCACUCUCAACUUACAGACGUGUUCGCAGAUCACAGACGAAGGUCUCAUUACUAUAUGCCGGGGCUGUCACCAUCUGCAGUCUCUGUGUGUCUCCGGUUGUGCCAACAUCACAGACGCCAUCCUCCACGCCUUGGGACUGAACUGCCCGCGUCUCAGAAUAUUAGAGGUGGCUCGCUGCUCUCAGCUCACAGAUGUGGGCUUCACUACACUGGCAAGGAAUUGUCAUGAGCUGGAAAAGAUGGACCUGGAAGAGUGUGUGCAGAUCACGGACGGCACACUCAUCCAGUUGUCCAUCCACUGCCCUCGUCUGCAAGUUCUGAGCCUGUCUCACUGUGAACUGAUUACUGAUGAUGGCAUCAGACAUCUGGGCAGCGGGCCCUGUGCCCACGACCGGCUGGAGGUGAUCGAGCUGGACAACUGCCCCCUGAUCACGGACGCCUCGCUGGAGCACCUGAAGACCUGCCACAGCCUGGACCGCAUCGAGCUCUACGACUGCCAGCAGAUCACCCGCGCAGGCAUUAAGAGACUAAGGACCCAUCUACCUAACAUCAAAGUGCACGCGUAUUUCGCCCCAGUCACCCCACCCCCCUCAGUCGGGGGGAGUCGCCAGAGAUUCUGUCGUUGCUGUAUCCUGCUAUGAUGUGAAGACUGCGCCCCCACCCCACCCUCAGCCCACAAAUCUGCCCUUCCACCCAACCUGGCUCGGCCUGGUCCGAUCCAGCCUCCAGGUAUACAUGAUGGUGGGUCCCCCCCGAUUGGAGCCGCAGAGAGAGGGAGAGAGCCCAACCACCACAGGGUCUGGGAAGAACCUUCCCCACGACGUUCCCAAACCCACUCACAACAGCCUUUGUCAAACACACAAAUAAACACACACACACACACACACACACACACACACACACACACACACACACACACACACACACACACACACACACACACACACACACACACACACACACACACACACACACACACACACACACACCACCACAGAUGAGCGUCAGUACAUUCCCUGCUGUCCCCAGGCCCAUGUGCUAAAGACCACCCAGCAUUACAGGGAGGAUUACAUAAUAUAACCACUGCUGUUUACAGAUUAGGCUCCUGAUACACUGUAUGGACUACAUGAAACUAGGGCUCACUGGAUACAAGGUUCUCUAUGGACUAGUAUGACCUUUUACUGAAGGAUCAGGUAGAUAGGUUUGGAUCAGAAACUCACAUCCAAUGUGUGUCUGGGUGUUGGGAGGAUAACCAGAAACAUGGCUAGAGCUAUGAGGAUAUUGGUUUGGUAGGAAUGCCCUCAGAAUCUUUCAACGACUUACAAGCUACCUCUAGACAUAACUGCUCUUUGUUAUCCUCUGGUUCCAGACUGCCCACUCCAAACAUAUAGCUAGGACAGUUUUUUAUAAGUCGCUCUGGAUAAGAGCGUCUGCUAAAUGACUUAAAUGUAAAUGUAAAUGUAUUACAAAAGACCGGUUUCCAUUGGCACUUUGAAGUCAACCCAGGUUGGACUGGCCUUGGUGGGCAAGCUGAAAUUGCGUUUCCGCUGCCUCCAAAUAGAAUAAAUGAUGUCAUGUUGCUAGGUAGUCAAUAUGUGACUGCAGCUGGCUUCGCUAAUGUUGCUAACUGGCAAGAUGUUGACGAAGUUAAAGCAUUGUGAGGGUGAAUUUAAAUAACUUUUACCCAUACUCCUGUCAGUGUUAGCCAUACUCUGAGCCAUGUAUUUAGCUUGCUAACUAGCCAAACGGUUAGCGUCGCCAUUCGCAAUUGGCUAGUUGGCUAACCAAGCAAACCAGGCAACCAGUUUAACAUGAUGCGACUACGACCUGGCCAGCUACAAUUCCUGCUAGCUCUCUUUAGCUAGUUACAGUAGCUUGUUUUAACUCUGAAAUGCUUGCUAAUAAUGGUAGCUAUCAUUUUAGGGCUGACUGUUGUCAUAAAGGUUUGUGUAGUGCAAAGAUAUGGUGGUGGUAAUUCGUGUCAUGUCUAACUACUGCAUUACUGCUUGUCCAUGUGCUAGCUGUCAGCUCGCACACCCAGAUGAGCUAGCUAAACUUUGGCAGCACCCAGCAGUGAUUUAAAAAAAAAACAUUAAAAUAGAUUUUUAACUGCGUUUACCAGCCCGACCAGUUGUGAAACUGGGCUGCGCUGGCUCGAAUUUGGGAAUUCCAUUCGAAACCGCUCUAAUUUGCCCCUAAUUUGAAGUGCUAGUGGAAAAGGGUGUCUUUCUGGUGUCUUCUACAGCCAUUAAACUGCCCCCACACACACACACUCACAAACAUAGUGUAGAUGCAGUAGGUGGUAGUUCUUAUCUAGACUCAAAGUAGCUGCAGCUUAAUGCAGGCCUGCUAUGCUGAGUUUAUCCAGCAAAAUGAUGACUGUCACUGACUCGCCUAAUAGUUUACUGCCACACACACACACACACACACACACACACACACACACACACACACACACACACACACACACACACACACACACACACACACACACACACACACACACACACACACACACACACACACACACACACACACAGCUCAAUACCCUUUCCCCCUUCCCCUUUCUCUGUUACAAUCAGAAGCUUCAUUGUACAAAAAAAAAGAGAAUGGUGAAUAUUUUUCUAAAAAGGACACCAAUUGAGACUUACACGUGGGGACUUGAGAAGAUGCCAAAUGUUGCAUGUAACAAUUCUAGUUUUUUAAAUGUAAUAUAUGUAAGUACUGUAGAAAUCCAGCCCCGCAGCCAGCUGAACCACACCACAGACAAUGGUGUGAAGGAGAGAUUUACAUCAAUGGGUCUCGCACUAUGAACUAUGUUAAGCCAAACACGUACUGUGUGUGUGUGUGUGUGUGUGUGUGUGUGUGUGUGUGUGUGUGUGUGUGUGUGUGUGUGUGUGUGUGUGUGUGUGUGUGUGUGUGUGUGUGUGUGUGUGUGUGUGAGAAUGUUCCGGGGCUAUGGAGAGUAGUUUGGACAGUGAACCAUUUUGGAGACAUAAUAAACCAGGCCCCUGCAAGCUAGUCUUAACAACAGCAAAAUAUAGAAUACAGACACAAACUCAUAAAAUAAAAAGGAUUGACGUCACUGCGAGUUUGUGAUGCCAGACAGACCAGGAGAACGGAAAGAAAAAGCCAACCGAAAACAAAGUAUCUGUAUUUUUAUUUUGUUGCUUUUAGUCUCUUUUUUUCCCCUUGUUGAUGAACAUUCUUGAUGAAUGCGAGCUGGCGAACCACACAUGGGUAGGAGGAGAUGCCCAGUGAUGCUCGCGGGCACUGGGAUCUGGUCAGUGACAGUGAUGCCCCUUCAACUCCCAUGAGGCCUUGCAGGGGAGAGGGUGCCAUUGGAGUUGACCCUGCCAUCAGCGCAACGCCCCCUCUUUCUGCCUGGAACCAGUGACAUGAGAGGAGGAGGGGCAGCUGGGAUUGGAUAGGAACAAGGAAGUUGUUUAGAAUCUUGACCUGGAGCGAGCUGAGCACACAACACUGGCCUGCUGACAGAUGUUGGAGUGCAGGGGUAUGUGUCCCAAAACGCCACGACUACCACCUUAUGAAAAGACUUUGACCCCUGUUCAUGAGUAUCAAAGCCUUUCAUCUGGAUCCUUCCUCCUCUCCCACACUUUACCCUUCUCUGUUUUCUGUCUCUCCUCUUCGAUUCUCUCUGUUCUGUUUUUCUUUUUGUAGUUGUCUUUGUUUUAGCCUUUUUCUGUUCAAGUUGGUGACUUCUACAUCUCGUUCUCACCCCUCGCCACUCUUUUCUGUUUGGUGUGUUUUGGGUAGGGGCUGUUUGGUGUGUUUUGGGUAGGGGCUGUUUGGUGUGUUUUGGGUAGGGGCUGUUUUUUUUGUUUUGCAUUCAGUCAUGAGUUCAGUGUUUUCCCAAGUUAAGUUCGAGCCCUCUUGCAGUCCUUGGUUUUUGGUCUUAUGCGGUUUGUGUUCUAUUACGAGUUCUUGUUACCUAAUGUCCAGAGUGUAGCCUUUGUACAGGGGGAAGGGUUGGACACAGUGCAAUUUGUAUAAUAUGUUAAUGAUGAGUCGAUGAGGAUGAACCGGUGUCCAUUGUAUGUAUAAUGGAUGUUAUACAACGUAUUGAAUGUGUUUCCAUGAAGGUGUUGUCUGGGAACGUGGGGGGUUAGGGCCUAGGUUGUGUGCUGAUGUAGCAGAAACAGAUUCCUCUCCUGAUGUGCUUUCCCUUUACUUGUUAUGCCUUGCUUUGGGGAUCCCCUAACACCAUGAUGCAGCCCAGCCCACUGUAGAAACAAAACAGAGUUGGUACGCCCAAUAUAAAUGUUUUAAUGUUCCCUAAAAAUGCAUAUUCCCUUCUAAGAUUCAAACAAACCAACAGGCAAAACAUUUAAUGAUGAUUAUUUUCUAUUUUGUGAUUUGUCAGCCAGGGGUAGACGUGGGAGGGGUAUAAUGCAAACUGAGAUGAAUCUAGUCUGAUUUGUUUUGUUGAAUGUGGGUUUAUGGGGGAUUAGAGAACAUCCAGGAGCCAAGAUGGCAGAGAUGCAUAAUGUACUCUCGUACUACUCACCCUCUGGCUACGUGCAACUGUGCUUCCACUGCUCCGUACGGUCUGAAGUUACUGGAAGGAAAGUCAUGGUGAAGCCUGGAUCCAUAACACCUGUUUGCCCUCUUCACACAUAGUUGCUGAGUCACAGGCACCACUUCUACUCGCUUAGUCAUACACAGACACACUGAGACACACACGGUACGCACUGACCAUUUGCACUUCCAUUAUCCUCUCUGAAUCAUAACUCAGUUGAGAGCAAAGGUAUGCAGAGUAGACAUGCAAGCCUACACAUACACACUAUUGACAGCACAGACAACAGGCAAACUCAGACUCGAGCGUACCUUUUAGAAUGUAUUCAGUAUACAAACACAUGAGUACAUAUCCAUACCGGGUUCUCAUAAACUACACAAACUACCCUGUAGAAUGUCAAGACGAAACGCAUGCAAAACAAUGAUACUGCUUCAUUCCACUUUUUUGUCCCCAGCAGUUUACAUGAAAGAUGACAGAUUACUGAAUUCUGGAUCGGUCCACUCAGUCCUUAUGACUAGGCUGUGUGUUGUAGGGGGUAGGGGAGGAUGGAUGGCUGCGUGAACAAGAUGGUGGAUCUAAAGUGUGUCCUUGGUAGUUUGACACCCGGGGAUUACUUUACUUUUUUACUUUUUUUAAAAUUUACUUUACACAAUGACUGUAGUUCAUAUAAAUUAAUGUCAAUCUUUUUUUUUGUCUUUUUUUUUUUACAAUUAACUGAUUAUAAAUAAAUAUGUAUGUAUGAAUAAAUAUAUAACUAUAUAUUA